ACAUUAUUGUCAUUGAAUUGCAUGUACAAUUCAAUUAAAUACAAAUCCAAUUAGCACACACUUAGACUGGCGAGAUUGUUACAGUCGGCAUCAUGGAUGCGGAGCAGCUGAAACGACUUGAACGCAAGGAAACCGCUCACAUCGCUGACAUACUCAGCCAGUUUAAUAAGAAGCAUGCGGAUCUGCUGGCCUUCGAUAGCUUCCACACGGACAACCAAUGGCAUGACCUGUGGCUGGCUAUAUUCGGCAUCCUCGAUGACGCGACCCUGCAAUCGGUGCACGCCCAAUGUCUCAACACUGUCCGCAUUUUGACACGCGAUGAGUUCAGCCUGCAGACGCACUUCGUCGAGCAGGAGCUGGGUACGCUCUUAUCGCUGGCACGCAUCAAUGCCAGCAGCAAUGAGGAUGGAGCACAGCCACAGCUAGACGAUGCACAGGCGGAGGUCAUCGCCGAGGCUCUGAAAUGCCUGUGUAACUUGGUCUAUCAAAGCGCCGACUGCCGGCGCCAGUGUCUGCGUCAGUAUAGUCUCGAUGUGCUUGUAAAGCGUUUGGGCACCGCCUCAUCGACACGUUAUCCAUGCACUUUGGAAUACUAUGACAUGAAGCUGUUGUUUUUGCUUACUGCAUUGGAGCCAACAGCGCGUACACGCCUACAAAUUGAUCUCAAUGGACUGACUUACAUGACCAAAUGGUUGGACGACAAGUUGGCGGAUUCUGCCACGGCUGCCAGCGAGGAGCAGCUAAACAUAAUCUGUGAGCUGCUGAAGGUUAUGUUCACGGUGACCAGUGCGCCGGACAAGAGCCCCAACGAAUAUGAAAUUCAAAGUCUUCAUUUGACGGGCGUUCUGCGGGAACUGCUAUUGCGGUUUGGCAGGCUCUCCACAGAACGGGAACGCGCCGUUGUGACACACGCAAUUAAUUUGCUGACCAACAUAUCGGACAGCUGCCUCACCGAGCUGACGCUCAAGUGCAGCUCAGCGGACACGGGAGCGCAGAGUGCACAGAGUGCCGUUGCAUCUGGUACCACAGAGCCGCAGCCGGCGUCAAAAUGCUGUGCCUUGUGCUUUGAGAAGCGCAACGUGCGCAGCCUGGCGGUGCUGUUGGACUAUCUGCGCGGUGGACUAGCCCAGCAGGAGGCAGAGGCCAGCUCCCAUGAGCUACUGUCCCCUGUGCUGACGGUGCUGGUGAAGUGUGCACGCAGCGAUCGCACCAUGCGACACUAUUUGCGAAAGGAGAUCCUACCGCCACUGAAGGAUGUCAGCAAGCGGCCAGAGAUUGGCAAUGAGCUGCGCAAUCAUCUCUGCCGUUUUCUCACGCUGCCUGCCAUGAUAUUGCGUGACCUGGCCGCUGAGCUACUGUUCAUACUAUGCAAGGAGGAUGUCGGUCGCAUGAUCAAGUACACGGGAUAUGGCAAUGCGGCUGGCUUGUUUGCCAAGCGCGGUGUACUCGACUGCCGGCGUAUUGAGGGCGCCGAGUAUUCGUCGGACAGCGAGGACAGCGACACGGAGGAGUACAAGCAACAACAGCAGAGCUUCAAUCCGGUGCUCGGCUGUGUAGAGCAGGCCAAACGUAAUCCGCUCGAGGGCAUGUCCGAGGAGCAAAAAGAGUACGAGGCGCUGCAGCUGGUCAAUUUGCUGGAAAAGCUGCGCAAGGAUGGCAUCGUGCAGCCGGCGCUAAUUGACAAGGAUGGCAAACCGCAACCACUGGAGCACAUACUGCAGUUGCAGGAGGAGCUGCCCCAGCAGCAGCUUGAACAGAAGCGCAAAACCUAAGCAACGGAUCGCAUCGAUUCGCCUACAACAUGCAAAACAAUCGUCUUUGGGCUCUUCCAAAUUGUGGCAACAACGUCUCCCAGACUGCCACACCUGGCAGCCACACUCUAUAUUGGCUCACUGCAACCCUUUUCUCACCUUAUAUACAUACACAAUCCUCGGCCGUAGCCCUACGAAUGCCGUUUCAAUCUAAUAGACAAAUUUAUAUUUA